AAUAAGUUUUCUCUAUCGUGGGUCGAGUCUUGUUUCUCUGUCAUACAUAUAUAUAUAUACAUGUGUAGAGUUGAAUGCUGUGUAGUGGCUAGUAAAUGAGAUUUAAUUGGAAGCAAAUCAUUUUCAUAGAUUGUUAGUUGCUCCCUUUCUGGUUUAAGGAAGUUGAUUUUCAGUCUUUGAGCAGCAAAAAACCAACGCUAGCGAGAAGCUGAUCUCGAUCUCAGCUCCAAACAUCUUUUCACUCCUUUACUUGCUCUUUGGAGACAGGAUUUAGACAGAUUGGUUUUUAAGAUGGUCUAAAUUCCAAAUCACAACACGUAAUCAACUAAAAGACUCGAGUAGUACUUCCUAUAUUGAUUGAUAAUGGAGGUUAAAGAGGCAGAGAGGAUAGUUAUAGCUAAACCGGUUCCUUCAAAGCCUACUUGUUCCAAUUUUGGGUCCUUCUCAGAUCUCCUCGCUGGUGCCAUUAAUUCCUCGCCCACUAAGGCACGUCCUGAAACUGCAGUCACUGCAAUUAGACCAAAGACUGUAAGGUUUAAGCCAGCAACAACCCGUGCUCCUGUUGCCGUGGUUUCUUCCCAGGGAAACUCCAAUAUUAGUCAUCAACAAGCUCUGGCUCAAGUUGAGGCCCGUGUUCAAACUCCAAAUCCAUUCAAGUCCAAUUUCAGAUCUGACCUUAGCUUGACCUUUCAGCCGAAUUUCUCAUCACAAGCAGAAAGAGAGAAGACGACUGAGCCUUCGAAUAUAGCAUUAGAAAACACAGAAGGCGGUCAGAAAUCUUUGCCACCAACUAGCAGUGUGGAUCGGCCUUCUUAUGAUGGAUAUAAUUGGAGGAAAUAUGGGCAAAAGCAAGUCAAAGGAAGUGAGUAUCCGCGAAGUUACUAUAAGUGCACGCACCCAAAUUGCCAAGUAAAAAAGAAGGUAGAGAGAUCAUUAGAUGGCCAGAUAGCGGAAAUUGUCUACAAGGGCGAGCACAACCAUUCAAAGCCUCAGCCGCUUAAGCGCAAUGCAUCUGGGGGACAAGGGCAAGGAUUUGUAUCGGAUGGGAUUGUUCAAGAGACAAACAAUGCCCCGUCAUGGAGUAACAAACUCAAUGAGAGAAUUGAAGGUUUUGAAGGUAGAAUAGAAAACCAGAACGAAGUUGGAUUAUCGACCCAUUCGACUUAUUCAGGCAAAGCGCCUCCAUCUUAUGAUCAUGUUGGUGGUAGAGCGGUCAAUACUGGUCUCGGGACUCCUGAGCAUUCUUGUGGGCUUAGUGGGGAUUGUGAGGAUGGAAGCAAGGGUUUGGAAGCAGAAGAUGAUGAACCGAAAAGUAAAAGAAGGAAAAAUGAGAAUGAACUGGGCAUGUCAGGGGAAGGAGUACAAGAUCCACCUGCUGUGGUUCAGAAUUCCCCGGAUCCUGAGAUUAUAGGAGAUGGCUUUCGCUGGAGAAAAUAUGGGCAAAAAGUUGUGAAGGGAAAUCCAUAUCCCAGAAGUUACUAUAGAUGCACCAAUCCCAAGUGCAACGUGCGCAAGCACGUUGAAAGAGCAUCAGAUGACCCAACAGCAUUUGUGACAACAUACGAGGGAAAGCAUAACCAUGACAUGCCCGUCAAGACCAUGAAUCCAGCUUCUUCUGAACCAGAUUCACAGGCUGCAACUUCAAAGGGCAAACCGUGAUGAUUGGUACUGUUGAAGGACGCGAUACCAACCCAACAAUUCAUGCUUUCUGUGAUUUUUUUUUUUUGUUUUUUUGAAUUAUCAAAUUGGCUAUUUUGUUACCUUUACACUUACCGUGUGUUCUUUAGCUUAUGUAUACAUUUUUCAUCCCGUCUACAUUGUUUUCCAUUUUGCUAGACAUUUAGACUGCUUUUGGAUAUUGGAUUGUCAAAGGAAAAGAAAAGGGAGAGGAAAAUACAAACACACCAUGUUCAUGAGCAUAUGCAUAAGGUUUGUUUAUAUGUAGACUAAUGAGCCAAUGAGUAUUAUGUGUUAUAGGUGCUUUUGCCAUGUGAAUAUGCAACUGCUCCUUUGGAAACAACUACCAAUAAUUGGUGUGAGGCCUGUAAACCCUCUAUUUAUGUGUGUGUAUUUGGGUAUAAAGAUGGGUGCGUUAUUAUCUAUGUUCAACAACUGAACAUGCAUGUAUAAGGUGGGAACAUUAACAUGGAAUAGAUAAUAGUUGCUUUUAAA